AUGCCGACUCUACCGCUGGUCGGCCCAGCCGUCAACUCAACUAAGCCCUUUGGCCAACAGUCACCGCCACACGCAUCAUGGCACGGCUUCAUUCCCGGCCGACGUAGCUACGCCCCCGACGCCUCCAUCGUGCUCGUCGGAAUCCGAGGCACAGGCCGCUCAACUCUCGCCGUGAUCGCGGCCAGCGCUUUAGGGUUCCGCUUACUCGACGCGGACCAGCAAUUCUUCCAGAUGACGGGCCUCUCACGAGCCAGUUACAAGACACAGCACGGUACUGCUGAAUAUCGAAGGGAAGAGCUGAAGCUUCUGCAUGCCAUGCUAUUCGAGAAUCCGACAAAGUCUAUUAUUGCGUGUGGGCCAGGAGCUGUGGAAGAGACGGGGCAGGCGUGGCUUGCGGAAUAUGGACAGACGCAUCCUAUCAUCUAUGUCCUGAGAGAUGCGGAAGACGUGAAGGAGCAUCUCAAGGUAUGGGAUACUGAGGCUAUCACACGACUCUUUCAACUUAGUGGUCCAACGCAUCGAUCGAUAUCCAACUUUGAAUUUUACAACAUUUCAGAUACCCUAGGGAAGGCCUCGGGCGAGCUCGCCACUAUCCCCGGCCACCAGUCACCGAGGUCUCUUGCGUUAAAGCGGGUGGAGUACGACUUUCUCGGACUCAUUGACAGCAUCAUGGAAAGCGACAGGCAGGGCUCGGAACGGUACCGUGCCACCGAGGGCUCUGCUUCAUUACCACUGGAGCGCCGGCCAUACACAUAUUCUCUCAACUUGCCAAUGUCAUUGGUAGAGACCGCCGGGGCGGAACUUCGAAAUAUCACGACAACAGCCGACGUUGCGGAACUAGUCAUCCCUGUGAGGGAACUACAGGCAACGUCGGCCGAUUUCGACGAUGCAACUGCGAAUCGCGUCUGUCGCUUGCUCUAUGCCGUCAGGAGAUUCACUCGUCUCCCUAUCAUCCUCAAUCUCGAACUCGAAUCCUCAUCUACUGGCAUAAUGAGCGGCUUCUCGCAAGAACACGCCUCCGCAUACUACCUUAGCGUCCUAAACCACGGCCUCCGUCUCGCUCCAGAGUACCUCUGCGUAGAUCUCCGCUGCGACGAGAACAUCAUCCGAGAUCUAGUCGCAAGUAAAGGAACAACAAAGAUCAUCGCCCACUACACCUGCAACUCCCUCUCUCCAAGCGGCUGGCGGAACCCAGGCCUGGAGGACAAGAUGAGGUUGGCCGAGGACCUGGGCUGCGACGUCGUCCGAAUAUGUCGCGAGGCAAAGUCAACCAAGGACAAUUUCGAGAUUCAGCACUUCAAGCAUGGCGCCGGCAAGCCCAGAGAUGUGACGAUCCCGCUUAUUGCGUACAACACAGGCCGCCUCGGCCGCAUGUCCUGCUUCAUGAACCCGACCUUCACGCCGGUCACCAUGAACUUGCUUCGGAGACUGGCACCAGGCGGCUCGCCUCAUUGCCUCUUGACGAUCCACGAGGCGCAAAAGGCACUCUACUCUUCCUUUCUCCUAGACCCGAUGUACUUUGGCAUCUACGGCACCAACGCAUCCACAAGUUUGUCGCCAAGCAUGCAUAACCCCGCCUUCAAAUUCUGCGGUAUGCCGCACGAGUACAAGAUCUUCCACCAGCCUACCCUAAAUCACCUACGUAAGCUCAUCUCCGACGAGAACUUUGGAGGCGCGAGUAUCACAGCCCCCUUCAAGAAGGAGGUCUUUGCCAUUGUCGACUUCACGAGCCCAGAAGCCAGGGCCAUUGGCGCCGUCAACACGCUGGUGCCUCUGCGGUCGCGGAACAUUGAGUCUUUGCUUGAUCGCAACAGAGCUGGCCCAGUCGUUGCUCUGUAUGGCGAUAACACGGACUGGAUCGGGAUACACACCCGCAUUCGGCACAACCUGUCUCCCAUCAACGGCGUCAAGAGGAGGACAACGGCGCUAGUUGUGGGUGCGGGAGGUAUGGCUCGUGCAGCCAUAUACGGGCUUCUGAGGCUCGGUGUCCGCACCGUGCUUAUACACAAUCGAACGACGAGGACGGCCGAAGAGGUUGUAAGGCACUUCAACGGGUACCGAUUCACGAGCGACGGGGCAUCGACGCCGACGGAGGUCAACGCCUCGCCGAAAGUUGACGCUCCUCCAAACAGUCCCACGAUCCGUGUUAUAGAAUCCAAAGAUGAUAAGUGGCCAGACGACGCUGACUUUCCAACCAUUGUGGUAUCGUGUAUCUCCACGCGUGAGAUCGACGGGGAGUCGUCGGCUGAUACGAGUCUGCCUCCGGGAUGGCUGGCUAGUCCUACAGGCGGAGUAGCCAUUGAGCUAUCGUAUACGCCUCUGGAAACACCUCUCCUGAAGCAGAUCCGUGGCAUGAGCGACCAAGGGUGGAUCGCCGUCGACGGCCUAAGUGUUUUGCCGGAACAGGGUAAGAGACAAUUUGAGCUCUUUACAGCACGCAAACCUCCGAUCGAGAUGAUGCGUGAGUUGAUUUCGCGAGCGUAUAAGGAAAGGCUUGCAGACGGGGGCAAGAUGCCAACAAGAGGGUAG